CACAGUCACAGUGAGAUUCCUAGUCAGCUGACCAGCUCCAGCAGCUUUUUUUUUUUUUUUCAAGAGAAAAAAAACUUUAUUUAAAAAAGUGCAAAGCGGACAUCAAUAGCCAACAGACAACUGCUCUGUUCUGCAGGGAGAGCUGAUAACGGCAGCUCACACAGGAGAAGUAGUCACAGGAGGAAAGGGGCAGCGGAGACGUCACCUGAAGACCAGCCAUGGAGGUCCAGGUCCUGGAACAUAUCCGGCACUCGCUACUGAGUGACAGAAACAAAGACCUGAUCAUAGACAAGCUGCUGAGUCUCACCAUGGAGAUUAUCUGUCUGCUGACUAGAGAGGAUUUCAUUGUUGUGAGAAAGUCGGGUGACCAGGUGACAGACAUCAGCGGCCCCCCUGUGUCAGACAGAAGCAGCGGCACCCAGAGUCCAAACUCUGAGGCUCCGCCUCAUGCACCAACAGAGGAGAGGAACCGUGACAGGAAUAUCCAGCCACCUACUGAGGUAUAUCCCAGAGAGACAGGAAAGGUGCCUGGGAAGUGUAAGGAUGUGGAGGUCUCGUUCUCUGUGACAGAGUGGGACUAUUCAGGCGGACAUAAUGACGUUGUAAUGGACCCUCCGCAGCUGCGUGACUCAGUAGGUGAGUGUAGCUCUAGAAGCCCCCCAGGACGAUGUGAGACCCCUCUGUACUCUGGGGAUUAUAUAAAGGAAGAGAACCGGAUUGUCAUAGAGGAUUAUCAGGCUGAGCCGGGACACGGGGUGUAUCACCCGCAGUGUAAGGAAGAGGAGCCCGUCCCUGAUCCCACCAGCUCAGGUGGGUGCAGCUCUAGAAAUCCGGCAGACCCCUGUGAUACCCCUCUGUACUCUCCGGGCUGUAUAGAGGAAGAGAACAGGACUGUGACACAGGAAUAUCAGGAUGAGCCGGGACACGUGAUAUAUCACCGGCAGUGUAAGGAAGAGGCCGUUCCUGCUGAGAUCAGACCAGGUGGGUGUAACCCUACACACCCCGCAGACCCAUGUGACACCCCUCUCUAUACUCCGGGGUGUAUGGGAGAAGAGAACAGGAUGAUCAGCCAGGAUUAUCAGGCUGUGCCAGGAGACGGGAUGUGUUACCAGCAAUGUAAAGAAGAGGACGUUCCUGCUGAGAUCAGAUCAGGAACUGAGGCCGGUGUAGAGCUGGAUGCUGGUGAUCAUCGGGGGCUGCAGGAAUUCCUCCCAGAGUCCAGUGCAGGUCCGCACGCCUCCUCACACUAUCCUGAGAAGAUGCAUCAGUGCCUGGAGUGUCAGCAAUGUUUCCUUAAUCAUUCAGCCCUCGUCACCCAUCAGCAGACUCAUAGCGCCAGUAAUCUGUAUAGGUGCUCAGUUUGCGGAGUGCGUUUCACCUCCAGAUUUGCUCUUACCGCCCACCAGCAAUCACACGCUGAGGAAAGACUGAUCCACUGUUACAGUGGGAAAUCCUUUCAUCAGAGGUCACUUCUUCUGAAAUAUAAGAGGACUCACACCGGGGAGAAGCCAUUUUCCUGCCCGGAGUGCGGCAGAUGUUUUACCGGCAGAUCUGCUCUGAUUAUGCAUCAGCGGAUUCACUCUGGCGAGAAACCCUUUAGUUGUGCAGAAUGUGGGAAGCGUUUCACGCAGAGAUCCAACCUUGUGACGCACCAGCGCAUCCACAGCGGGGAGAGGCCAUUUAAGUGCACGGAAUGCGCCAAAUGUUUUAUCCAGAAAAUCGACCUUGUCAGGCAUCAGCGCACUCACACCGCAGAGAGGCCGUUUAUGUGUUCUCAGUGCGGCUGCUGCUUUUCUAAUAGCUCAAGUCUUGGUCAACAUCAGAGAGUUCACACCGGUCUAGGCGAAUAAACUGUCCGUCACUAACGUAACAAGUCUUGUUUACAAACUGGAAAUAUAAGUUGACCUCUUUUCUUGCAAAAUGCAUUAUAAGGUGCAGGGCUACAUUUUUGGUCCUCAGUCCUGCGCAUGUAGAAGGAGUUGUGUCCAGUUAUGGAUCCAUCUAAUAAUGCGAAUAGUGGAUACAAUGAAAACAUUAAUUACGUCUUGGACGUUGGGACGGUUUCUAUUACUACUGUGACUUUUGUGUGUAUCUGAAUGUAAUGAUUACUUUGGUUUGUCAUCACCUUCGAAAAAAACAACUGGAAGGUACAAAGGGCCUAAUUUAUGCAGAACUGAAAAGAGACGCCCACUGGACUCGUGUAUUUGCACGUAUGAGCGCGCAGCCAUCUAAAGAUACACGCCCCGAAAACGGCAUGGCACGCCUGUGUUUUCCCAACCACUCCCCAUAAACUCCCCGUUACCACCUCCAAACUUCCUGUCAAUCACUCUGCAAGAAAGUCCUCAGUGCGAGCGGGAAUCGCAGCGGCACCCUCGCGCAUGCAUAUCGCGAUCUCGGCACAUGCCGCUAAUCACUCCGUCGCGUGAUAAUUGGCUAUUGCAAACAAACAUGAAUUUGGCCCAGAGUGCGCACACCUCAGUAGCGUACGAUGAGGUCCGAUUUCCACCAUUUCAGGGGAGCUGGAAAAGUCAAGUUCUCUUGCUUGGCGCAAAAGGCUGCGCUCCCUCCCAACACAGGGUAUGACGCUCUAAGGAUGUAUUCCCUACACCAUCAUAUACAUUCAAUCUUGCCCCGUAAAAAAUAAUCUGCACCCCUUUCCACCUACCACUGUCACAGUUCCCCGCCCAAAUCCAGUGCAAUAAUGGAACAUUUGUGUAAAUAAGAACGGGUGAUGUCACACAAACAGCAUAGACGCUCAGGGGUAAAUUUACUAAGGUGGGAGAUUUUUAGAACUGGUGAUG